AUGUCUAGCAAAUCCACCAUGAGGAGCCAAAGCAUCAGCCACCGUGGCUUCAGUGCCAGCUCAGCCAGAGUCCCAGGGGUCUGCCGCUCUGGCUUCAGCAGUGUCUCUGUGUCCCGUUCCAGGGGCACUGGUGGCCUCGGUGGAGUGUGUGGAGGAGCUGGCUUUGGUAGCAGAAGCCUCUAUGGCCUGGGCGGCUCCAAGAGGAUCUCCAUCGGAGGGGGCAGCUGUGCCAUCAGUGGUGGAUAUGGUGGCCGAGUUGGGGGUGGCUUUGGCUAUGGAGGUGGAGCCGCCAGUGGAUUUGGUUUUGGUGGUGCAGCUGGUGGUGGCUUUGGGCUCGGUGGUGGAGCUGGCUUUGCUGGUGGCUAUGGGGGCUCUGGCUUUCCCGUGUGCCCCCCUGGAGGCAUCCAAGAGGUCACCGUCAACCAGAACCUCCUCACUCCUCUGAACCUACAAAUUGACCCCACCAUCCAGUGAGUGAGGACUGAGGAGUGGGAGCAGAUCAAGACCCUCAACAACAAGUUCACCUCCUUCAUCGACAAGGUGUGGUUCCUGGAACAACAGAACAAGGUCCUGAAUACCAAGUGGACUCUGCUCCAGGAGCAUGGCACCAAGACUGUGAGGCAGAACAUGGAGCUUUGGCUUGAGCAGUAUAUCAACAAGCUCAGGAGACACUUGGACAGCUGGGGGGAGAGAGUCCAACUGAACUCAGAGCUCAGGGGCAUAAAGGACAUGUUGGAUGAUGACAAGAAAAAAUAUGAAGAUGAAAUCAACAAGCACACAGCAGCAGAGAGUGAAUUUGUGACUCUGAAGAAGCUCCUUCCCCGGGAUGUGGAUGCUGUUUACAUAAACAAUAAUGAUCUGCAAACCAAUGUGGAGGCUCUCAUUGAUGAGAUCAACUUCACCAGAGCCUUGUAUGAAGCAGAACUGGCUCAGAUGCAAACCCACAUCUCAGACACUUCUGUGGUCCUGUCCAUGGACAACAACCGUAACCUGGACCUGGACAGCAUCAUCGCUGAAGUCAAAGCCCAAUGUGAGGAAAUCACUCAGAAGAGCCGGGCUGAGGCUGAGUCCUGGUACCAGAGCAAGUAUAAGGAGCUGCAGGUCACUGCAGGCAGACUUGGGCAUGAUCUGCGCAACACCAAGCAAGAGAUUGCUGAGAUUAACCGCAUGAUCCAGAGGCUGAGAUCUGAAAUCGAUCAUGUCAAGAAGCAGUGUGCCAAGCUGCAGUCUGCCAAUACUGAUGCUGAGCAGCGUGGGGAGAUGGCCCUCAAGGAUGCCAAGAACAAGCUCGCUGAUCUGGAGGAUGCCUUGCAGAAAGCCAAGCAGGACGUGGCCCAGCUGCUGAAAGAGUACCAGGAGCUGAUGAAUGUCAAACUGGCCCUGGAUGUGGAGAUUGCUACCUAUAGGACCCUGGAGGCUGAGGAGUGCAGGCUGAACGGGGAAGGUGUUGGACAAGUCAACAUCUCUGUGGUGCAGUCCACCAUCUCUGGAGGCUACGGCAGCGCUGGCGGCUAUGGCAGUGCCAGCGGUGUGGGCAGUGGCCUAGGCCUGGGCGGAGGCAGCGGCUACUCCUGUGGCAGUGGCCACAGCCUGGGACCUGGCUUUAGUUCCAGCAGUAGCAGAGGCAUUGGAGGUGGCUUCAGCUCCUCUGGGGGCAGCAGUUCCACCAUCAAAUACACCACCACCACCUCAUCCUCCAGCAGGAAGAGCUACAAGCACUAA